AUGCGAGUCUCUCGGAUUGUUUAUACACUUGUACUGCCCUUCGCGGUAAGCGCUCGACUCAAUCGUCGUCAAAAUGCCGAUUUCACGGUAAACAGCACAGGACCAGUUCCCGGAGGCUACAUCAUUGAAUACGCAGUUGGAAAAACUUUUGCUCGUGAUGGAAUUGCCGCCAACGAAGAGAUCGAUGUCCUAAAAACCUUCGAUAGUGUAGUGUUCAAUGGUGCUAGUAUCCAAACCGAUACUUACACUUUGGACACUCUCCUGGAGCUCCCUGAAGUGCUAAAUGUUUGGCCAAAUAAUUUCGUCCAACUCGAUCCCACUGCUCCGCAAGGCUUUAGCGAUGAUGCUUCUGCUCGAGAGUAUUCGUCGCAUAAUACUACUGGAGUGAGUAAACUCCACGAGAUGGGUAUCUUCGGAGAAGGUGUGAUUGUUGGUGUUGUUGAUACCGGUACUUGGUAUGACCACCCAGCGCUUGGUGGAGGAUUUGGUCCUGGAUUCAAGGUCGCGAAAGGACACGACUUUGUUGGAAACGAAUAUUAUCCGGACUCUGGUGAAAGGGCACCAGAUGACGAUCCCCGGGACCAACAGGGUCACGGAACGCAUGUUUCUGGCAUCAUUGCUGGGAAGAGUGAAACGUGGAGUGGUGUAGCACCUGCUGCUACUCUCUACUCUUACAAAGUCUUCAGUUUGGCUGGCACCACCGAUACCGCCACACUAAUCGAUGCGUUCCUAACUGCUUAUAAUGACGGUGUGGAUAUCAUAACCGCUAGUAUUGGAGGUACGAACGGAUGGUCUACCAACGCAUGGGCUGAGGUCGCUUCACGUCUCGUUGAUGAGGGCGUUGUCGUCACUAUCUCAGCUGGUAAUUCUGGUGCCGCUGGACCAUUUUUCGGAAGUUCUGGCUCCUCCGGAAAGAAAGUAGUAGCUGUUGCUUCGGUUGACAGCGAGAGUAUUGCUGCCUCACCAUUCAACGCAACCUUUGUCUUGGAUGGAGCUACAAACACCACUACCGCUGGGUACCUACCUGCUACCUUCUACUUCCCAAGCACAAUAGUUGACUGGCCAAUCGUCCCCCUAAACCUGGACACGACGACAGCUGCCGAUGCCUGUAACCCAUAUCCAGCUGGAACUCCUAGUCUGAAAGGAAAGAUCCCACUUGUCCGUCGAGGCACAUGCACAUUCGCUACCAAACAAGCAAAUUUGAACGCGCUCGGAGCUGAAUACGUUCUUGUCUACAACAAUGCGGCGGCUCUCAUCGCACCCAGUACCACCAACUACGACAGUCUCAUUGGGAUGAUAACAGCAGAGGCAGGUGCAGCAAUCAUUGCAACGGUCAAAGCUGGCGGCAACGUCACCGCGGACUUUUCACUCAACCCUGAGAUGGUUGUUGGAUUGGCGAAUGCUGCUGGCGGACGACCAAGUACCUUCACAUCUUGGGGAGGGCUCUACGACUUGCAAAUGAAGCCUGAUGUUGCCGCUCCCGGAGGUGGCAUCUUCUCAACGUACCUGGAUAAUACUUACGCUUUGCUGAGUGGAACCUCGAUGGCUUGUCCUUAUGUAGCUGGUGUUGCAGCUCUAUACAUCAGUGUCCAUGGGGGACGAAAAGUUCACGGCAAGAGCUUCGCCAAUACCCUUGCCAAGCGACUUAUCUCCAGUGGUACUUCACUGCCGUGGUCCGAUGGAACAGCCACGAAUUAUAGAUACACUGCUUCGGUUGCGCAGGUUGGAAACGGACUCAUCAACGCUUUCAAAGUUGUGAAUUACACUACGGCCUUAGAAUUCGAUAAAUUUGCGCUCAAUGAUACGGCUCGAUUCAGUCGCUACCACAAUGUCGCAGUCACUAACUCAGGAAGGAAGGCAGUCACUUAUACACUGUCUGGUGAAGCAGCGGCUGGUGUAGAAGUGCUUGGAUUUUACCCUCUUCUGACAUCAAAUGACGAUGCAAGACUAAAGAGUUUUACUGAGCUGACUCCGAAGAGUUUUGCCGUGGAUAUAUCUUUCCCCAGAACUUUUACUUUGCAACCCGGAGAAAGCAAGACUGUCAGUGUCAACUUUCAAAAUCCAGAUUCAAAAGGUUGGAAUGCGGCGACAUUGCCAAUCUAUAGUGGUAAAGUCAUUGUGUCUGGAAGCAAUGGAGAGCAACUAUCCGUUCCAUACCUAGGAUUAGCGGCAGACCUCAAAAAGGAGAUGACUCCCAUCUAUCGUACGACAUACCCAUAUUCCAAAUCGAACGUGGCAUUCAUAGAUAUCAAGCAGAAAGCUUCAUAUACUUUCAACCUCAGCAUCGGCGCCCAAGACUUCCCCAAAAUCUACAGCAAAAUAAAAUGGGGCACCAAACAAGUCCGCUGGGACAUUUUCGACAAAACCUGGACCGAGCGCGACUGGGUCUACCCACCUGUCGUUGGAAAGAACGGAUAUAUCGGCCCAGCGACCUGUUGGGUGGGUGCUGGCCAACUCAGUUACUUCGACGGUAGAUACUACGACCCCAACGAGACUUGGACGUAUCCGGUUACGGAUGUGUAUCGAAAUGCACAGACUACGGCAUCAUUCCAUGAGUAUUGGUGGUUUGGGAAGUUGGGAAAUGGAAGUCAGAUCGAGGUGGGGAACUAUACGAUGAGGUUUGCGACGUUGAAACCAUUUGGUAGCCCGGAGCGGGCAGAUAAUUGGAGUGUUUUUAAGACGCCGCAGAUUGCGGUGUUGGGGAAGUACUGA